GAUGUGGGGCUCGGAGCGCGUCGGGAGCCCGUCCCCAGGCGACUUCCGGCAGGCGACUUCCGGCUUCCGGCGGCUGGCUUCCGGCUUCCGGCGCCGCGACGGGGCCGGGCGGGCGGAAGCGGCGGCCAUGGCGGCGGCAGCGGGGACGGGGACCGGACCAGGGACCGGGCCCGGUCUGGCGGCACCGCGUACCAAGACGAAGAAGAAGCAGAAGCGGUUCGUGCCGCAGCGGGUGAAGGUGCCGCGGGCCGCCGACCCGCUCCUGGCCGUGCUGGCCUGGGGGGUCAACCACCAGAUCAACGAGCUGAGCCAGGUCCCCCUCCCCGUCAUGCUGCUGCCCGACGACUUCAAAGCCAGCUCCAAAAUCAAGGUCAACAACCACCUCUUCAACCGGGAGAACCUGCCCAGCCACUUCAAGUUCAAGGAAUACUGUCCCCAAGUCUUCCGCAACCUCCGCGAGCGCUUCGGCAUCGACGACCAGGACUAUCAGGUGUCGCUGACGCGGAGCCCCCCGCACUGGGAAGGCAGCGACCGGAGCUUCCUCCUCUCCUACGACCGCACCUUGGUGGUGAAGGAGCUGUCGAGUGAGGACGUGGCCGACGUCCACGGGCUCCUGUCCCACUACCACCAGUACGUGGUGCAGUGUCACGGCAGCACGCUGCUGCCGCGCUUCCUGGGGAUGUACCGGGUGAGCGUGGAGAGCGAGGAGACCUACCUGCUCGUCAUGAGGAACAUGUUCAGCCACCGCCUCCCCGUCCACCGCAAAUACGACCUGAAGGGCUCGCUCGUGUCCCGAGAGGCCAGUGACAAGGAGAAGGGCAAGGACCUGCCCACCCUGAAGGACAUGGACUUCCUGAACAAGAACGAGAAGGUUUACGUGGGGGAGGAGGACCAGAAGGACUUCAUGGAGAAGCUCAAGAGGGACGUGGAGUUCCUGGUGCAGCUGAAGAUCAUGGACUACAGCCUGCUGCUGGGGAUCCACGAGGUGGGGCGGGCGGAGCAGGAGGAGGAGGAGGAGGUGGAGGAAGAAGAAGGGGGGGGCGAUGAGGGGGGGGCCGCGGUGGGGGUGGGCUCCUACGGGACCUCCCCCGAGGGCAUCGGCAGCUACCUCAACUCCCACCGCCCCCUCGGCCCCGGCGACUUCGACCCCUACGUCGACGUCUACGCCCUCCGCGGCACCGAAGCCGCCCCCCGGCGCGAGGUCUAUUUCAUGGGGCUGAUCGACGUCCUCACCCAGUACGACGCCCGCAAGAAGGCGGCGCACGCGGCCAAGACCGUCAAGCACGGGGCAGGAGCGGAGAUCUCCACAGUGCAUCCCGAGCAAUACGCCAAGCGCUUCCUCGACUUCAUCACCAACAUCUUCGCCUAGGGAGGGGGGAGGCCCCCCCCGGACCAAGAAUACCCCCCCCCCGGGGUAUGCUGCGCCCCCCCUGGGGUGUGCUGCCCCCCCCCGCCCCCGGCAUGCACAGCCACCCCUUACCUCCCCCCCCCCAGCAGCUCCCCCCACCCCAGCAGGGGGCUUUGCUACUCAAGUGCCUUAACUUUAUUUGAGGGGGGGGCAUCGGGGGGGUGGUUUGGGGCUUCUCCCCCCCCCCCCCAACUACAGGGGGACCUGGGACCUUUCUGCCCCCCCCCCGCUCCCCCCCCAAAUGUUGGGGGGGGAAUCAAACACUACUUGCUCCAGGGUGAGGGCCCCCCCCCUGAGGAGAAGGGUGCAACCCUGCCCCCCCCUUUUGAGC